UUCCGUUAGCAUCAAGAGAAAGUCAGCCAGGGGAUCCGAAGAUUAUAUUCAGUGGAUUUGACAAAUAAGUGAGGCAGUGAGAAUGACUCAGGUAGGCCGGUUUGACUGAAGUAAGUCGGACUUUAGGUACUGCAGGUUUCAGGAGUCCCUUGUCGGAGUUAGGGAGCUCUAAAGGACACUUUGCGGGCUCGGCUCUGCAGGUCACUGGACUGUCAUCCCCGCGCUCUGUCACUUGUUGGACCCGGUUGAGAUAAUGAUGGAUAUUUACCGAGACUAAGAGCGACAGUGGAUUUUGGGAUCCCCAGCUGAAGUUGGAUAUCAUUUAAUCACUGCAAUGACUGAGUCCUCCAAACCGCCCUCAGGGAGGAGAAUGAAGGCGCGUGCCCCACCUCCGCCGCCACAGGCCCCUCAGCCUGCCCCACGCCACAUCUUCAGAAACACAGUACCUGACGGGGGAGGGACAUCAGGCAUGGAAGCCAAGGAGAACAUGCUGCAGCCUACUGUGGAUUUACAGCUCACCUUGCCUCAGGGACACCAGACCUCUGUGACUGAGGACGGCAGUAAGGCGCUGAUGGACCUGCUGGUUGAGCUGUGUAGCCGCUACCACCUGAACCCGGCGCUGCACACCCUGGAGCUGCUGUCGCCCGAGGGCCACACUUUGGGGUUCAAGCCCAACGCGCUGCUGGGCUCCCUCAACGUGGCCUGCGUCCUCAUCAAGGAGAGAGUGUGGGAAGAGAAAGUGGUGCGCAGACCAGCGCCCAAAGUGCCAGAGACAGCAAGGCCAGUGAAACCUGUAAGAGCCAAUUCAAAGAAAACGGUGCGUUUGAUGGUGAACUACCACGGCAGCCAGAAGGCAGUGGUGCGAGUCAACCCAUUGGUACCACUCCAUGCUCUGAUACCAGUCAUCUGUGACAAGUGUGAGUUUGACCCGGAGCAUGUCCUGCUCCUAAAGGACAGCGUCAGCCAUCACGAGUUGCCUUUGGAUCGAUCUCUGACAGAACUGGGAAUUAAGGAGCUCUACGUACACGACCAGAGUCUAGUACUCCAGCCUAAAAUGUCUUCAGCUCCUGCUCUAAACUACUCAGACUCCAUCCGCUCGAGCACCACCAGUUUGGGCAAAGCAGAAAAGAAGGGCCUCUUGGGUAUCUUUCAGUUCAGCAGGAGGAAAAACAAGGCAGAGACAACUUCUCUGGACAUGGAUGACUAUGACGAUAAAGUUAUCCAAAAUACAGACUCAGAAUCCAAUGGUUUGUCCACAGUGUCUGGGAUGGUAGAAGAGAGGCCUAGCACCUUGGGCCAGUCUCAGUCAGUCAUGACUCUACCCGGGAUGUCCCCUCAGGCUGAAAAUAAGAAGAGGAGGGCCCCUGCACUGCCCGGGGCCCCGACUCCUUCCAUGAGACACACAAACUAUGAGAGCUAUCAGAUGGGCCUCGGCUCAGAAAGCCAGCAGAGGAAAAGAAAGGCUCCAGCCCCUCCUCCCACUCCGUCCUCCAUCACCCCAGGCUCUGAGGACUCUUCACCCUCUGCAGCUCCCACCCCUGACAGCCCUGCCUCUGAAAAACCAACCCCAGUCUUCCAUACUAAAGUGGUACAGUCAACUACAAUCUCUUCUUCUACCGUGGUAACACAAACAGUGAAACCAGCCCCCCCGAAAACAGCAGAACCGCCUCUACCUGUGGAUGCCGUAACCCCAACCCCCAGCUCCCCGACCCCGAGCAGCAGCACCACAGACAGCCUGCCCAUCCAGGAUUCAAGCUCAGAACUCAGCCACAGCCUCGAUGACUCAGACCCUGACUUUGACCAGGCCAGCACCCUCACCAGCAGCACAGCCAGCGGGUCGGCAAGGGUCCAGCACUCUGCUAAAAGCUCCAGUAAGAAGAUGGAGGAAUCAGAAAAGAUCAGCAGUGUCAAAGUCAAUCAAGACACUACGUCAGCCAGCAGCUCCAGGUCGGAGACUGAGUCGGCCCUUAACCUGAAACUGGAUGAAGUUGAGAACCAGAGACACAGCGCAAUGGGAUCCUUUGAACGACCGGUGCCACCCAAACCCCGUCGCUACACCGCCUCGGAGUCACCCCAGCUUGUCCCCCCCACUACCCCGUCCCCCCCUCUCAUUGCGCCCACAGAAAGCAUCCCACCAGAGAGUCCUGUGGAGGAAGCAGCUCCCCAGUCAUGGCUACACUCCAUGCAGAGCGCAAUAGCCAGCAGCCAGAAACCAGAAGCACCCGAGGAGGAGACUAUGUCUCUGGGCAGCAGCAGCGGUGGCAGCAGCCUGCCUGACCAGGGUUACGCUGAGGGUAUGGCCGAGGGCGAGGACUCGGGCAUGAUCAGCUCCCCAUCAGACACCCAACCCACAUCCCCUGACGGGAGUUUGUCCCUGGAUGGAAGUAGUGGAGGCAGAGGGGAGAGACUGCUGGGACCAGUGCGGGACAAUUCCAGUGACAGCGAUGAGGGGUGUGCCACCUGGGGAUCAAGACACAGGCACAAUGACAUCAGCCAAAAGGAAAAGACAGGAAAGCUUAAAGGCAGCUAUGAAGAUGACCACGACGUCACCGCCCAACUCCAUCAGACUUUGGCAGACUUUGAAGCAGACCUUGCAGCCCACACUGGUAUACCCUCAGUGGAAAAGGUCUCCUACACCUUAUCCACAGACAGUAACGACGUGCCUGUGUCUGUAGUGGACAUGGAUGUGCCAGUCACAGCCAUAGAUGAAAUACUGGAGGACAUUGAACACAACAUUGUAGAAAACACCUCAAAGUCACUCACCAGGACUGAGUCAACAGGAAGCAAAGGUCCAAGAUUUUGUCAUCAGUCCAGUGCUGAGCUAGAGAACAAAAACAACAAUGCUUGUACAGCUGCUGACAGUAAUAACAGCAGCAGUGCACAAACUAGGCAGUGGACUGAACCAGAGCAGCAAACAAAGUCACAGGAGAACAAGUCUAAAGGUGACAGAAAGGUCGAGAAGACACCAGAGAUCAAAAUUAAAGAAACAAGUAUCACCGACACCAACAAGGUCAAAAAGGAUAAAGAGAGAACGUCAGCAGUGAAAUCUGAGGCAGAAACUGUGAAACACAGCAGAAACAUUGACAUCAAACCUGAUCCUGUGAAAACCAGCGCUCAAUCUUUUCAUGAAAACAAACCAGUUCUUCCACCGACCACUCAGAGAUCUACGAGCCGAGAGGAAGAGAUGCAAAGAGUUUACCAGAAUAACUCCAGCUCAAGUGCAUCAUAUGGUAAAAUCACUCGCAGUGUCACUUCACGCUUCGGUAUGAGCACUUUCACUGUGGUUCCUCCAAAACCUCCCGUCAUGCACGCUGCAGUAGAGCCGGCUGCCAGUUUAACUGUUGGUGCCAUUAAAAUCGACGAUCAAGGAAACAUGGUGAAAGCUGGCACCAUCUCCCGGAACAAAUUUGGAGGUUCGUCAGAGUUGGGAGUUAAUAGCAGUGAGGGGUCUCCACUUCUUGGAAAAGCCAAAGCUUUCUGGAGCUCUAAUGAGAGACAAGACAGUGCUGUUCCCCCAAACAAAGGUGUCAUUGACAAAGCUAAGGAGAGCACUGACGGCCUGAAGAGUCCGCCUGCUGCAACCGCAGAGACGACUGUGAAGAUUAUUAACGCUGAGGACACAAGAACAACUCAGUUUACAUUUCAUCAACCUGCAGAGCGAUCCCAGCCUAAAGAGGCUCCUAAAGAAGAAGCUAGAGAAUCAGUGAUGGACAUCAAAGUUUCAAGAGAAGAGCGAGAAGAGAUGCAGAGCAAGAUUUCAGUGUCCAAAAGCAUUCAGCAGCCAAGUUCUAAACCUGUGCUUCCACCUCCGAUCCUCCCAAACCUGAAGAAAGACCUCUCCUUUCUCAAAACAUCCAGACGAACCUCCAGCCAAUACGUGGCAUCUGCCAUCAAUAAAUACACCCCGAAGACCUCAGCUAAACCCAGCUUCAUCCCCAGCACACCUGACUCCUCUACUUCUCUGAAAACGCAAACUUUUGGCUUCCAGAGAUCAGGACGCUCCAUCCAAGUGAAUCCUCAGUUGUCUUCACAGUCAUCAUUGUCGGAAAACAAAGAGAAUGAAUCUGCUUCUAAAUUCAACCCUCCUGGUCCUAAAAGGUCCAUGAGCUAUCCAGAGUAUGUGUCAGAUAGCCAGAGAGAUUUUGGAGAAGUGAAAGUGGACAAGGGAGGAUUUGGAAGCAGUGUUGGAUCCACCAAAGGAAUAUCCAUUACACUGGAAACAGAAACAACCAAGAACAUGCUGGUUCAGUCCAGUGGCCCCACCCAAAUAAACGUGACCGCCAAUAAUGAAAGAGAUGAAACUAAACAUGUUCGUCAGAGAAGCCUGAGUCCAGCGCUACGGAGUCCAGUACGCUCAUCUGCCAAACCACCCACAGCUCCCAAGACUGUAUUCCAAGGACUGACACAUGACACGAGGGACACGAUGAAGACAACCCACCAUCGAACAACUGAUGUGAAACCACAACCUUCUGACACAGUGACAGACCGUGCUGUGAUGCCCAAGCCCUCACCAGUCACACUGUUUGGACCGGUUAAAAAGUUCAAACCUGUGAUCUGCAGAUCUGUUGAAAAAGACACAUCUCUCCAUAGCAGCCUGAUGGAUGCAAUUCAGACCGGUGGAGGCAGGGAGAGGCUCAAGAAGAUAUCCACUGCAGGUCCCAGCAGCACCAAGAAAGCUUCAUAUGCUGAAGAGGAGAAUGAGAGGUCUGCACUUUUGGCUGCACUUAGAGCCCCGAGCACCACAGGAAGGCUGAAGAAGACUAAAUCUGAGGCGGCUGAUGAGCUUGAGAAGUUCAGGAAGGCGUCUGAGGACGAGUGGAGAGCAGAAUGUCCCUCCUCCCCCUCUCCUCCCUCCUUGACUUGCACUUCUCCUCCUGUCUUCACCCCACCACCUCCACCACCAGCACCCAUGCUUGCACCUCCACCCCCUCCCCCUGUCUUGCCCAAGGGUAAGCCGAGCAGUGUGACACAUCCAAGUGCGAACGCCCUCGUGAACCCUGCCUUGGCCCGGGAGGCCAUGCUGGAGGCCAUUCGCUCUGGAUCUGCUGUUGAGAGGCUGAAAAAGGUCGCUGUGCCCACAAAGACGCACAAAGUGAACGGCCGACUGGGAACAAUCCAAGCAACCUCCUCAUCACUCCCUCAGCAGUAAGAGAGGGAGGCCACAUCAACGCAACCAGGAAAUAAUAAACACAUCAAUUUCAGUUUUUCAUUUUAUUGAUAAUUCAACAGACUUUUAGAAAACUGGAUUACAUUUUGAGUAAAUGUCAUUAAGGUUUUGAAGAACAUUCUUUUUUUUCCUAAACAAAUUAUUCAGAGAAAAGGAAUUCUGAAAACACAAAAAGGUGUUUGGCUAUGCUUUAACUAAUUCACUCAUCCUUUAAGACGUGUACAAAGUGGAAUUAUUCAAACAUUUCUUUGUGGAAGGUGAAUUGUUGCUCUCAGUAGAAUAACUCCAGACAUAUCUGUCUGUCUGUUAAAAGGUGUCUUAGGUGAAAAGUUGCUGCUCAGUUUGCCUCUGCUGGAGAAACUCUACGUCCAUCUUUAUUUCACUUUGCUGUAUCCAAGCAUAUCUCGCCAUCUGUACUUGAAUUCAGUGAUUUAAACUGGAAUGUUGUACCAUAUGUGUGCCAAUGAAAGAAAAUUUAAAAAGG